AGACCGUCGAGUCGUCGACCAACUAAACUUACCAAACACCGCAAAAUAAACAGUCAUCCUCCGCACCGCGCGCGCGGCCGCCGGCCCCGUAUAAGGAGGAGAAGAGGAUGGGUCAGAGGCAAAGCAAGCAGCCCAGCCCGGCGGCCGCGGUGCACGCGCGCGCGACGACCACGCCGACGCCGACGCCGGGGGAAGACGAGCAGCAGGGGAGCGCCCUCGAAGCCGAGAGGAGGGGGAGGAGGAGGACGACGACGAGGCGCGCGGCGGAGGGCGCCAUGGACACCUUCUUCCUGUCGCACGGCGCGCCCACGCUGUCCAUCGACGACACCAUCGCGGCGCAGGGAUUCUUCAAGUCGUGGCUGCCGGCGGCGGUGGCGGGCGCGGAGUUGCCGCGGGCGAUCCUCGUCGUGUCGGGCCACUGGGAGGCGGCCGCGCCGACGGUCAACGUCAUCCGCGGCAACAACGACACCAUCCACGACUUCUACGGCUUCCCCAAGGCUAUGUACAAGCUGAAGUACCCUGCGCCGGGCGCUCCUGAUCUGGCGAUGAAGACCAAGGAGCUUCUGGAGCAAGCCGGGUUCGGGCCGGUGAAGGAAAACCACAGCCGCGGGCUUGACCACGGUGCGUGGGUGCCACUGAUGUUCAUGUACCCGGAGGCGAACGUGCCGGUGUGCCAGCUCUCCCUGCAGAGCGGCCGCGACGGCGCGUACCACUACGAGCUCGGCAGGGCGCUGGCGCCGCUCCGCGACGACGGCGUCCUCGUCCUCGGCUCCGGCAGCGCGACACACAACCUCCGCAGGAUGGGGCCCGAGGGCACGCCGGUGCCGCAGUGGGCGGCGGAGUUCGACGGGUGGCUGCAGGAGGCGCUGCUCGGCGGGAGGCACGACGACGUGAAGCGGUACGAGGAGAAGGCGCCGCACGGCAGGGUGGCGCACCCGUCGCCUGACCACUUCCUCCCGCUGCACGUCGCGCUCGGCGCCGCCGGUGAGGGGGCCAAGGCGGAGCUGAUCCACCGCAGCUGGAGCAACGCCUCGCUCUCCUACGCCUCGUACCGCUUCACCACCGCCAAGAACUGAAAACCGGUCGACGCGAUGCACGCCGGCUCGCCGCAUGCAACCACGUGUUUGCUUGUAACAUAUUUGACUCGAACAAUAAUCCCCGUGGGCUCACGUAGACGUGUGUGCCGUGUUCGUGUUUGUAUUUCUCGGAGCCGUGGCUUGGGGUUGUUUACUUGUUUUUUUUUUUGUAAGAUUGGGUUGGGCCUGGGCCUGGGCCUGGGCCGUGGCACAGCCUUAUGGCGUUAAUUGGUGUUCUUAUUUGGACCCAAACUGGCCCAUACAGCCCAGCUUUAGGUGUUCAGCUUCGUCACUGAGGGUUGGUUUGGUUUGUGGCCUAAAUAGGCCUUAUCAAAUUUUGUCAGUACCAAAUUUUGGUAA